AUGUUAAUGCCACAGCUUGUCCUACCCUCUAAUUCUCUUAAUUCAUACAGGUUACCAUUUAAUUCGGUUUCCUCAAAACCGGAAUCCUCAUCAAGCGGGCAAGCUCUCCCAGGAGUGCUAGCCAGCGAUUCUGCGUCUGCUAGUGUGGAGUUACGCACCCCGAAGAACAGACCGACAGCACUUAGAUAUAUAAGCAGUAGCAGCAGAGGUGGCUAUAGUGGGACUAGAUCAAGUAGAUCAUCGAGCAUAUCCGUCGCACAAGCUAGUGUUAUACUUGCAAUAUCCGAAGGUCGCGGGAUGGCUCGAGGGGAAAUCGGUAUCGCAGCAAUAGAUCUUCGUCAUCCACAUCUAGUACUGUGUCAGUUCAGUGAUACACUGCUGUAUACCCACACACUCACGAAGAUCAACUAUUUCAAUCCAGUCGAGAUCAUAGUACCACACACUUUCUGUGAGGGCGCCCAACCAAACCAACUUUACAAGCUUAUCAAGGACCAAUAUCCUUUUAUCAAUUUAAGUGCAGUGCAGAGACGACAUUUUAACGACGCAGCUGGCCGUCAGAACAUCCAGACUCUUUGCGCUCCACAAUACAGCGCUGUGUUGCUUCAGGUUCUUCAUAAAUUUUAUGCGCUCACAGCAGCAGCUGCAGUACUAAAGUACGUAGAAUACGUACAAUGUAUUGUUUUCGCUAGAGAAUCGUUGAAAGUUGAAUAUCAUUCGUCUGAAAACACCAUGAUUAUUGAUGUAGGCACAGCAACUCAACUGGAAUUAGUGCAUCCGUUGGUACCAUCUGCAGGGCCUACAUGUUGUCUAUUAGGAGUCCUGGGCCCGACGUACACUGUUGGUGGUAUUAGGGCUCUAAGAGCUGCAAUUCUCCAGCCGUCGUGUAAAAAAGAAUUUAUAGAAGCGAGACUUGACGCAAUUCAAGAAAUAAUUGAAAGUGAAACAGGACUAAUGGCAGACUUAAAGGAUGUAAUUAAAAAGCUAUCGGAAAUAGACAAAAUUUUAUUUCUAUGUAUCGAAACACCUAAUCAGAAUACGGAUAAAUACGGAGAAGCUCAGUUAAAUCAGAUUAUUCUCUUAAAAACUACUAUGGAAUUGGUACCAAAAUUAUCAGAAGCGUUAGGGACGGUCGAAAGUGGACGAUUGAGGAAAAUAAAAAUGGAUUUCGAAAACCCACAUUACGAGCAAAUGGCUAAUAGAAUUCGUCAAAUAAUCCAAGAUGAAGCACAUUUAGAAAAAGGAGCUAUGGGGAGCCUUCAACGUUGCUUUGCCGUAAAACCUGAAAUAAAUGGCCUUCUAGAUGUAGCAAGAAGAACUUAUUCGGAGUUGAUCGAGGACAUUCAAAAAAACGUAGAGCAAUUAAGCGAAACAUACGAUCUGCCUUUACGUCUGAACCAGAAUGUCAUGAAAGGAUUUCAUAUUGUCCUACCAAUUGCCCCUAAGAACCGUAGACAUUUUAAUAUUGAAGACUUACCUACAAUAUUUAUUCAAGUUAAUUUCAACGGUACAAGUGUAACGAUGACUACCGAGGAACUAGUAGUGCUAGAUCAUCAAGCGAGAGAGUCACUAAAAGAAAUACAGAAGAUGAGCAAUAUUGUCAUUUCUACUUUGCUAAAAGAGCUUCGUCCAUUCAUGGCUAGCCUUUAUAACCUUUGUGAAAAUGUUGCUGAAUUGGACAUUUUGUUGGCUUUGGCACAAGCCAGUUCUGUUGGUUCAUAUAUAAGACCCGAAUUCGGCAGUUACUUAGAAGUGAGAAACUGUGUUCAUCCCCUAUUGGACUACAACACUCACGUGACGCCAGUACCAAAUGAUAUAAUAGCUACUCCAGAGAAAAAUUUUACCUUAAUAACUGGUCCAAAUAUGGGAGGAAAAAGCAUUUAUAUAAAACAAAUUGCCGUAAUGCAAAUUAUGGCACAAUUAGGUUGCUUCCUGCCUGCAACAAAUGCCGUUUUGCGAUUAUGCGAUCGCAUUUUUACAAGAAUUGGAUUCAACGAUAGUGUCGAAUUCAACGCUUCUACUUACGUUAUUGAGAUGAAAGAAACCCAACAUAUCUUAAAGGGGCUGACCUCUACCAGCUUGGUUAUUAUUGACGAACUAUGCAGGGGAACAAGUGCGGAGGAAGGGACUAGUAUUGCUUGGUCGAUUAGUGAGCAACUUAUAAAGAGUGAAGCAUUUACUUUUUUUACUACACACUUUUUGUACCUGACAAGACUUCAAGAUUUAUACUACAACGUGGUCAACCGACACACUCUUGUUACGGACGAAACAGAGAAUUCACAAGGUUUAGCGCAAAAAUUGGUUUAUCACCAUAAAAUCGAGCUAGGGAUAACUACAAUAGAAAGCUAUGGAUUAGCUUUGGCCGCUAAAACCAAUUUACCAGAAGAUAUAGUCGAACUAGCAAAAGAGUUAGCAGAAGUAAUAAAAAUAAAUAGUCAGCCACAAAUUUUAACAACAUCUAAUAAAAACGACGACGAAAUUUUAUAUGAACUCAGUGUAAAAGUUAAUAAUGAAAUUCGGAAACACAAAAAUGAUGCUGUAGGUGUAAUUUUACAACAAUUUAAAAAUAACAAUCCUCUUCUCAUGGAAAGACUAAGACAAGAAAGAAGUGCAAUAAGUUACAGAUCAAUAAUUAGUAACACAAAUACAAAUUCUACGCCAAAAAAUAAUAGUAAAUUAGAAAACACUAAUAAUAUCUCACAUCCUAGCCAAGUUACAACAAAUAAAAAAGCAUUUAAACCUCCUUUAAAAAUCAGUUCCACUUCAACAACAAGCUAUACGAAUUCUGAGAAAGAAUGUCAUGAUAACAACAGAAACUCAUGUGUACCUGUUGCAUCAUCAACAGAAAUGCUAAGUACAAUAAUUCAAACUAAUGGUGAAAUCUCAACACGCAAUCUACACAAAAGCUUAAUAGAAAAUAUGUCAACAUAUAAAGGAAAUGUUUCUGACUCGAAUAAUAAUUCAAUACUUGAAACAGAAAACUUUCCUGAUAACUAUGAUGAUGGCAUACAGACUGAAUUUAAUGGAACUGAAGCAAACGAAAAUUUGCAAAUUUUGGAUAAAGAAAAUACAGAUGUAAUGAAUAGAAUAGAAGUAGAUGAUAUGUUUGAUGACAAUGAUGUAGAUAUGUUUAGUGAAAACGACACAUCUGUUGAUUCAGAUAAUAUAGCGUCAGCAGACACUCAGCUUAUUGAAGAACAAUCGGAAUUUAUGGACACGAAUAAAAGUCUGACGAUAUCUGAUCAAGAAUUAUUAAAAGAGACUGUGAAAGAAAUAAACGAAGAAUUAGACUUCUUAUCAAUUAAUGACGAAAAUAAUUUAAUUCUUACACCCCCGUUAGAAUUUAGAUAAAAAUUUGAAUGAAAUAAAGUUUA